AUGUCGUCCACGGUUUCAAUUUAUGUUGCCAUCAGCAUCAGCGACGGGGUUUACAAACACUGGGGUGUUUUCAUCGAUGCACCCGGAGAAGAAGACAAAUUUUUCCUUCAGGUGGCGGGUUCAGAUGGUCGAUUCCGAUAUGAGAUGGAGACAACGGAUGUUCGACAAUCGGAAAGGCUGGUGGAGUUGAUUCACCUAUAUGAUGUGGACGUCGCCAAAAUCGACUCCAUCAAGACCAUUGCUAGUCAAGUCACUGUUCACAAUGAGAUUCGGGGCUGGAAUUGCCAAGACUACGUGCUUGAUCUCCUGGAGGCGCUAGAACAAGAAGCAAUAGGGAACAGCAAAGACGCGGGAUACAAGACUCAGAAAGAUUUCCUUCAGGGGAAACAGGAAGGGUUGGCAUAA